AUGGCCUCACCAUCCGCUUCACCGUCGCCAUCACCACCAGCAUCCCGCACUACCUCGGCGACCGAAUCGGCGGGUCAUCUAACCCCCACCGCGACCUGGACGUCCGAGCAAGAAGCCCGCCUGACCUACUGUCAAGACCAGCUGAAGCAAGCGCAGAAGAAGUGGAGCGAUCGUCAGGAACUCUGGAUCCGCGAGGUCGACCACCUCCUCGACCAGAAGCGCGCGUACGCCAAAGCGCAGAAGAGGAAGCAGACGGCGCGGGCGGAGAAGGCGCUGCGGCUGUGGAAGGCCCGGACGUGGAAGAAGGGCCCGCUGGCGCGGACGCUGAGUGGUGCGGAGACCACGACGACGGCGGCGGGGUUGGGUGCCGUUGACGGCGAUGGUGAUAUUGGUGGUGAUGGUGAUGGUGAUGAUAACGUCGACGACGACGACGGCGACGAGGACGAGGAUCCGUCGUCGCGAGGGGGAGGAGGCGUCGAGCGGAGUGAUGGUUUCCCUCAACGGCCACCCACCACCUCGUCAUCCCCAACGCAGCCAAACGGCCUGAACCCAUUCCGGAAGCUCAUCCGCCGCAUGAGCAGCGCCAGCUUCCCGCGGUAA